GAGCAUGAUGCAGAUUGGUAGGACAGAACAACCUGGGCGCUAGUUGGCAGAGGUCUCACCGGAUGGAAGCUCCGGUCGUGGAAUGAUGGUGGCAGCAGCGAAGAUGGGCCGGACUGGGGCCAUGGUGGUGGCGGCAGAGGUGGCAGGGGCGGGGCGGCUGGCGGUAGAGGAGACUGUGGUCUUCAGGGGGCUGUAGGUGGAAGCAUGGCUCGGGCCAGCGGCAGGAACGGCAGCGAGGAGGCCCGGGGGGUACUUCAGAUGCCGCAACAGCAGCAGAGUCCAGCAGCGUCUUCUCUUGAGGGAGCAAUUUGGAGAAGAGCUGGAACCCAGACUCGCGCCCUGGAUGCCAUCCUUUAUCAUCCACAGCAAUCCCAUCUGCUUCGAGAGCUGUGUCCAGGAGUGAACAACCAGCCCUAUCUCUGUGAGAGUGGUCACUGCUGCGGGGAGACUGGCUGCUGCACCUACUACUAUGAGCUCUGGUGGUUCUGGCUGCUCUGGACUCUUCUCAUUCUCUUUAGCUGUUUUUGCGCCUUCCACCAUCGACGAGCUAAACUCCGGCUGCAACAACAGCAGCGGCAGCGUGAGAUCAACUUGUUGGCCUACCACGGGGCAUGCCAUGGGGCUGGCCCUGUCCCUGCGGGUUCACUGCUUGACCUUCGCCUCCUCAGCGCCUUCAAACCCCCAGCCUAUGAGGAUGUGGUUGACCACCCGGGCACACCACCACCUCCUUACUCUGCAGCCUCAGGCUGCCCCUUGACUGCUUCCAGUGAAUGCACCUGCUCCUCCUCCGCUUCUAGCUGCCCCACCUACUGCGAGGGAACAAAUGUGGAAGGUGUUUCCUCCCACCAGGGUGCCCCCCCUCAUCAGGAGUGUGAGCCUGGGCCAGGGGUGACCCCUGCCCCCAUCCCCGCCUCCUGCCGCUAUCGCCGCCUGACUGGUGACUCGGGUAUUGAGCUCUGCCCGUGUCCUGACUCCAGCGAGGGCGAGCCAAUUAAGGAGGCUAGGGCUAAUGUCACCUCACCAGAUCUGGAGAGCCAGUUCCCUUGUGCGCCGCCCCUAAAUCCCAUGUCCCAGAUCUCCCCUGUGGGGCCAGCUUCCAGCAGAGGGGACAGCCCAUAAACAGUUUUGGGAGGGUGGGUGGGUUACUUGCCCACCAGAAAUAGCCCUGGUCCCAACUCUCUGAGCUCUCCUUGGCCUCUCCCUGCCCUCCUAGAACCUGCUGGAAAGGACUGGAGUCCCACGAAGGGCAGUGCUGGGGGGACUGUGCUAGCUCUACCCCCUAAGACACACACAGGAGCCUCUGAUCUCAUUAAAGAGAUGUGAAGCA